AGGUGCACAAUCUCAUCAUAUUUGCAAAUUAGUCUUUAAAUAUCGUUGUGGUACAAUAUAAUAUCAUUAAUAGGUAAAAUAAUAAAUGUCGUCGGCGUUAUCAUCAAACAACAACUUACACGACGAUGGCGGCGACCUCAGGUCGCCACUCGCCUCCUCUCAGGAGGAGGCGAACUCGAAAAAAAUAACAAUGGAUGAGAUGUUGGAGAAGUAUUGCGGGGAGUUCGGGUUGUGGCAGGUGAGACACCUAGUGUUAACCUGCUUGGCUUGGUUACUAGAGGGGAUUCUAACCAUGGUUAUGAUCUUUGCGGAUCGUGAACCAGCGUGGCAUUAUGUGACGAGCCACGCUGGUGCAACGAGCCGGUGUUCUUCUGAACCCGGCUCGUGGGAAUGGACAGGUGGAAAGGGAAGUUCUACGAUGUCUGAAUUUGGAUUAAUAUGCGGAGAAAAGUAUAAGGUUGGGCUUGUUCAAUCUAUAUUUUUCGCUGGCUGCAUGAUCGGUGCGGGAGUAUUUGGACAUUUAUCAGAUACAAAAUUAGGGAGAAAAGGCUCUUUAACUAUAGUUUGCAUUUUGAAUGCAAUUUUUAGUAUUCUAACUGCAUUCUCUUCUGAUUACUCAACCUACGUCCUAUUUCGAUUUCUCUCCGGUUUCAGCAACGGCGGAACCGGCCUUUGUGCUUUCGUUCUCGCCACUGAACCGGUUGGCCAAUCAUGGCGUGGCGUAGCUGGAAUGUCCACUUUAUAUCUAUACUCUACUGGAAUAGUCCUUGUAUCCGCCAUUGCCUAUUUCAUCCAACCGUGGCGAUCUCUCUACAUUGCUUCAUCAAUCCCUUCCCUUAUUUUCGUUAUCUUCGUAUUACCUUUCCUCCACGAGUCACCUAGAUGGUACCUCGUUAGAGGAAAAGUAGACGAAGCUAUGAAAAUUAUGCAGAAAAUCGCGGUUUCUAAUGGUAAACAGAGCAUUCCUAAUGGUAUCGUACUCGCACUAGAUAGUGAAGUAGUAUCAAAGGACGAUACCCCUAAUAAUCGUCGAUUCAAUACGAAAAAAGGCAUAAACAGAUCAAUUUUAGAUGUAUUAAGAUCUCCUGUCACGCGGAUUCGGUUGUUGGUCGCUGUGGCUACUAACUUCUUUUGUUCCAUUGUGUAUUACGGGUUGAGUUUAAACGCGGUUAAUCUCGGAACUAAUUUAUACCUCAACGUUGCACUUAAUUCGGUUUCUGAAAUGCCUGCCUAUUUAUUAUCAUCGUUAGUACUCGACAGGAUUGGUAGAAAACCGUUAGCCAUACGGACGAUGUGGUUCAGUGCGAUUUUCUGCUUAGUGGGGAGUACUUUGAAGAUCAUCGAUGAGACGUGGAAAUUAAUUCCUAUGGUGUGCGGAUUGCUUGGGAUAUUUGGAAUUUCUGCUACUUUUAAUUUGUUGCUUGUGUAUGGGAUGGAAUUGUUUCCAACUGUAGUGAGAAAUGCAGCACUAGGAUGCUCGAAGCAAGCCAUAAAUUUUGGGGCAAUUUUGGCUCCAAUUGUAGUUGUUUUAGGGGAUGGUGUGCCGUUUGCUGUAUUUGGGGUAUGUGGUAUUAUUGGAGGAAUUUUGGUAAUGUAUUUACCUGAGACGCUAAACAAGCCACUUUACGAUACGAUAGAUGGAUUGCAAGAAGGAGAAGCAAAUUAAACCUGGGUUGGUAGCUUUGGAUUACUUGAAUAAAAAAAGAAAAGUUAUGAACAUUUGUUCUAGUGUUCGGAUUGAUGGUGAAGUAAUGUUGUAAACACUAAUUUUUUUUUAAAAAAAUGCAGGAUCACCCGCCAUUGGCUACCACCUCUGUCGCAUCCGUGAUCAUAGGCUCAAGCAUUUUAAUGGCUUAAAGCAAAAAUUAAAUGGAACCUUAGAUUUGAAUAACUUUUAUACAA